AUGGUAGGACCUGAGCCAACCCAAGGGCAUGGGUUCUUUGCUGGAAUGCCGUUGCCAAAUAUGCCUAUUAUGCAGCACCGCCCAGCCGAAGGAUUUGAUAUACCUUUAUUUAGACCGAUUACUCCUCUGCUUGAUAUGCCUCCGAUGACUGCAGGCAGGAGCUGGCUACCGGGUGAGCCACAAGAAUACGAAUUUCGCCUUAGCACCGAAAACGAGUACGGCGUCAGUGAACCGAUCUAUUCACGAAUUUCAAUUUCACCUAAAGAAAUCUCUCGGCCUGUCCACCUGGCAAGGCGAUUAUCACUUCCAAGACAUACUUCAGAGGAAACUAUUAUUGAACCCUACGAGCCGGUGACCACCCAUAUUCUACCUGCUCCCCGGGGUCCGAUACGGUUGGCGACGCCUAGUAUCGCACCAUUGGCUCCGACAGGCAAAGAAGAUCGCCGGCUGGCGCCGUCUCAUGGGCAACUAGAGGGGCUCGAGGUGACCUGGAAACCUCCUUAUGACACUGAUAGGGUGUCUGGCUAUGAGGUGCUUUAUCGUAGUCCAUUCGAUACAUUGUGGCAGCACCUGGCCUUUCGAGAUGUGAGUGCCCCGCAUAUGGCAUUGCCCUCAACGCUACUACAAAGACUACCCGAAACCUUAACUAUCGGCAUACGGUCAUUUGGGGACCGUCAUCCCACCUCAUUGAGACGGCCGAUAUCAAAGUUUAUAGAGGAGACUGUCAGUAUCCCGCGCACAUCUCUUCCGACGUCACUGCAUAAGCCGCUUCACUUGCCUUCGAGCCCAGACACAUUACAGCCUACGACUUUAGGGAGCCAAGCGCUCGAUCGACCAGUGUUGUUUACGGGUCAAGCUCCAUUGGGACAUGUGCAAGCCAGCGUUAUUCAUGAGGCCUCGGAUCUGUGGCCAAGCGGUGAACAAGUCUCUAUCUCCUGGGAUUUGUCGUCUCGUAGAGUCCGCCGAGCGAAUUUCGGCCUGGCUGGCUUACAAGAACCGGAUACAUACGCCAUUUUUGCCCGGCCCCUUGGUUGCUCCGAGUGGCAUGAGGUUAAACGAGUCAGGACUGAUCUACCAUCGCGCCUUGGUCGCGCCAGCAUCGGUACCCUCCCAAGUGAAGUCGAUCUUUAUCUGGGAGUUGCUCCAGUUUCCGGGCGCCAGAUAGGCCCAAUCACUAGCAUCCUCGACCCUAUCCGUAUUUCUGCCGCAUUAUCAUUGCCUGGUGGCUCAAGUGACCUUCCCUGGGACCGUCGGGUCCGUCUUCAAAGCAUCCCGCUUGAGGUCGUUCCCUCGGGUGUCAGCACGGCUCAUACAAUAUGGCGGCCUCCAGCUGAAGUUUUAGACAUUUUACUGCCACUGCGACCUUCACAGUAUUACAUGGAAACCCGACGCCCAGGUCAGCCACAUUGGCAGCCAGUUGGGCGAUCCAUAAAUGGCUUCGAUUUGGAGCGGACUCGAUCCCCACUCGGCAGACACCCAUUCACUCCUCAGUUAGCAGAUAAAGAUCAGGCUUUCCUGGUGGAUAAUCUCAAGCCGGGCGAGUAUCUUGACCUCCGUCUGAUGGCUCAGAUAACUGGUGGCAAAGAACCGAUUCAAGUCAGCGAGAUCACACCAUACAGAUUUAAACCACCUUAUGGUGAGCUAGUUUAUGAGUUAGGCAGAUUACGUGUUUUAUAUUCUUAA